CGCGCACCUCAGGCGCCCGCCUCGGGCGUCCGGAGGCGGCGGGGGACAGCUCGCCGCAACCCGGCCCCGGCGCCGCGGGCCGGCGUUCGGGGUCGAUCGAUCGGCGCUCCGCGGGGCGGUCCGCCUCCUCCGGGCGGGAUGGUGGACUUGGACAGCGAGGUGCCCCCGCUGCCGCCGCGGUACCGCUUUCGGGAUCUGCUGCUGGGUGACCAGGGCUGGCAGAGCGACGACAGAGUGCAAGUUGAAUUCUAUAUGAAUGAAAAUACCUUUAAAGAGAGACUAAAGCUCUUCUUCAUCAAAAACCAAAGAUCAAGUCUGAGAAUACGGUUAUUCAAUUUUUCGCUCAAGCUACUAAGCUGUUUAUUAUACAUAAUUCGUGUGCUCCUGGAUGAUCCUACACAAGGACAUGGAUGUAAGGAAUUAAACCGGGAUUGUUACAGUCGAAAUUACACACCUGGAACAAUUGAUUGGUCUCCUAUUAUUUGGGUGAAUCGAAGUUUGCCUUUAUGGGGAUUACAGGUAAUGAUAUUAUAUGUGCAAAUAGCACACUCUCCUGAGUUAGUGAGCAUUCGAUUCUUAGUAGUUUCAGUGGCUUUAAUAAGUCUCUUUGAAACGCUGUUGCUGAGUUAUCUUAGCUACAAGGGAAAUAUCUGGGAACAAAUUCUGCGAAUACCCUUCCUCCUGGAAAUAAUAAAUGCUGUCCCUUUCAUCAUUACGAUUUUCUGGCCAGUCCUAAGAAACCUGUUUAUUCCUGUAUUUUUAAACUGUUGGCUAGCAAAGCAUGCAUUGGAGAAUAUGAUUAAUGAUCUUCACAGAGCCAUCCAACGUACACAGUCUGCAAUGUUUAACCAAGUCCUCAUUUUAAUAUCCACCUUACUGUGUCUUAUCUUCACUUGUAUUUGUGGAAUUCAGCAUCUGGAACGAGCAGGAAACAAGUUGACUCUCUUUGACUCCCUUUAUUUCUGCAUAGUGACAUUUUCCACUGUGGGCUUUGGGGAUGUUACACCCAAGAUAUGGCCUUCAAAGCUGCUUGUUGUCAUUAUGAUCUGUGUUGCUCUUGUGGUGUUGCCCAUACAGUUUGAACAGCUGGCGUAUUUGUGGAUGGAGAGACAAAAGUCUGGUGGCAACUACAGUCGACACAGAGCUCAGACAGAGAAACAUGUUGUGCUGUGUGUCAGCUCUCUGAAGAUUGAUUUACUUAUGGAUUUCUUAAAUGAAUUCUAUGCUCACCCCAGGCUGCAGGACUAUUAUGUUGUUAUUUUGUGUCCGACUGAAAUGGAUGCUCAGGUCCGGAGAGUGUUACAAAUCCCGAUGUGGUCGCAAAGAGUUAUCUAUCUUCAAGGCUCAGCACUAAAAGAUCAAGACCUGUUGAGAGCAAAAAUGGAUGAUGCUGAAGCUUGUUUCAUUCUGAGUAGCCGCUGUGAGGUGGACAGAACAGCAGCCAUCAUGUUGUGUGUGAAGAAGAGUUCAAAUAUGCUAUGCUAGCUCUGAACUGUAUAUGUCCAGCUACCUCUACGUUAAUCACACUGCUGGUUCAUACCUCCAGGGGACAAACGGCACCAUGGGAAGCUUUUCAACAGCUAACUGGAACCAAGCAGACUUGGAACAGAGAGAGUCAGCAAUCAUCAGAACAGUGGCAGAAAAUGUAUGGCAGAUGCUCUGGUAACGAAGUGUUUCACAUUAACCUGGAAGAAAGUACUUUUUUUGCUGAGUAUGAGGGGAAAAGCUUCACUUAUGCUUCUUUCCAUGCACAUAAAAAGUUUGGAGUCUGUCUGAUUGGUGUUAGAAAGGAAGAUAACAAAAACAUUUUGCUGAAUCCAGGUCCUCGGUAUAUCAUGAGUUCUACAGAUAUAUGCUUUUAUCUAAAUAUCACCAAAGAAGAGAAUUCUGCUUUCAAGAAGCAUGAAAAACACAGAAAAAGACAUGAGUCAGAAUUAUCUUAUCACGGAGCUUCUAGGUUGCCUGUACACAGUAUAAUAGCCAGCAUGGGAACUGUGGCCAUCGAUUUACAAGACACGGGAUACCAAACGUCCAGCGGACCUACACUAGCUCUUCCUUCCGAGGGAGGUAAAGAGGGCAGGCGGCCCAGUAUAGCGCCUGUUCUGGAGGUUGCAGACUCAUCCUCACUUCAGGCAUGUGACCUGCUAAGUGACCAGUCAGAAGAUGAAACUACUCCAUCUGACAAUGAAGCCUCUGCAGGCUUAGAGUAUGCCAAAGGCUAUCCUCCUUACUCUCCCUAUAUUGGAAGUUCUCCCACAUUUUGUCAUCUUCUGCAUGAAAAAGUCCCCUUCUGUUGUUUAAGACUAGAUAAGGGGUGCCAGCAUAACUACUAUGAAGAUGCCAAAGCCUACGGAUUCAAAAAUAAAUUGAUUAUUGUUGCAGCAGAAACUGCUGGAAAUGGCUUAUAUAAUUUUAUCGUUCCACUUAGAGCUUAUUACAGACCAAAGAAAGAACUCAAUCCCAUUGUAUUACUCCUGGACAACCCCCUAGAUGACUUAUUGAGAUGUGGGGUCACCUUUGCAGCUAAUAUGGUGGUGGUAGACAAAGAGAGUACAAUGAGUGCUGAGGAAGACUACAUGGCAGAUGCUAAGACUAUUGUCAAUGUUCAAACACUCUUCAGGUUGUUCUCAAGCCUAAGCAUCAUCACAGAACUAACUCACCCUGCCAAUAUGAGAUUCAUGCAAUUCAGAGCCAAAGACUGCUAUUCUCUCGCUCUGUCCAAAUUGGAAAAGAAAGAACGGGAGAAGGGAUCUAAUUUAGCAUUUAUGUUUCGACUGCCCUUUGCUGCUGGCAGGGUUUUCAGCAUCAGUAUGUUGGACACACUGCUGUACCAGUCAUUUGUGAAAGAUUAUAUGAUCUCAAUCACAAGACUUCUCCUGGGACUUGAUACAACACCAGGAUCGGGGUUUCUUUGUUCAAUGAAAAUCACAGAAGAGGAUUUAUGGAUUAGGACAUAUGCCAGACUAUAUCAGAAACUUUGUUCUUCUACAGGAGACAUUCCAAUUGGAGUCUACAGGACAGAAUCCCAAACGCUUACAACAUCUGAAUCUCAAAUCUCUAUCAGUGUAGAAGAAUGGGAAGACACUAAAGACACCAGAGAACAUGUUAAUUAUCGUAGUAAUCAUCGUAACUCAACAUCUAGCGAUCAGUCCGAUCAUCCCUUGUUAAGACGAAAGAGCAUGCAGUGGGCUCGACGGCUGAGCCGAAGAGUACCAAGACACUCUGGUAAAACAGCUGAGAGGAUAAACCAGCAGCGAAUGAACCUUUACAGGAGGUCAGAAAGACAGGAACUUGCUGAACUUGUGAAAAACAGAAUGAAACAUCUGGGCCUUUCUCCAGCAGGAUACGAUGAAAUGAACGAUCACCAGAACAACCUUUCUUACAUCCUGAUCAAUCCUUCUCCAGAUACAAGAUUAGAGCUGAAUGAUAUAGUAUACUUGAUCCGACCUGAUCCCUUGGCUUAUGUUCCAAACGCAGCGUCCAGCCAAAAAGACAGCUUCUGCAAUACAGUGGGACAAGAUACCAGAGAGGAAACACAACUUUGAUACGCAAUUCAACAAAAUAAACUAUUUUACACAUAUAGUUUCCACCAAUCAUUUUGAAAAUUAAGUGGGACAUUUUAUUCAGUUUUUGGAAACAAAGUGACAGUGGGUGAGUCAGUCAUUUUUGAAGCACCGUCUCUAGAAAAACUAAUCCUAAUGACUGUCAAGCUCGUAGCCGGUUCAACAUUGUAGUUGAACCUCAGUUCGGCAGAAUUACAAAAACUGUUAUGAUUUAACCAAUCUGAAGAAAUGAUUGAAGCAGCGCCAGAUUCCAACAUGUUGCACUUAGAAGCUUCUAAGUAUAUUUAUCAAGGUGGCAUCACGUCAGUGAAAAAGCUCCUGACAUACAUCAUAAAAGAUUAUCUAAUGCCCGUUGAAGGAUCGUGUCUAAUGAGUAGCUGGAAAUACGUUAAUAUCUGAAGUUGCCAAAGAGGCUGCUUGUGCCAAGAGUCCAACCCCUGAGAUAAUCUUCAAGCUUAACUUGUUGCCUAUUUAUAUUUGAACAGCCUCAUUUCACUCCCAUUACAGCCUCUAGGACUUUAAUGUUUGCUCUGUGAGUUUACAGAUGACGCAGCUUAGUCACACUGUAGAGGUUAAGACCUGAUGCACAUCUACUGAAAAUCAGCUCAGAGAAACCCAAUAUCUCACACAGGCAUUUCAAAAAGUAACAUUUUGUAGAGCAAAUGAAGCAGAGCUUUUAAAGGGAUACAGAAAAUAUAUAAAAACAGCCCCUCAUACUUGCAAAAAUCUGGUAAGACAAUAUGUGAAGCUACAAACGAUGGUAGCUCAAAUGAAAAAUGAACCAUUUAACGUGAGUUGUCAGUCACAGAACGGCUUGGUUGAAGGGGACCUUAAUUACUGUCAAGUACCAACCUACCUGCCAUAAACAGGGUUGCCACCCACUAGAUCAAGCGGGUCAAUGAGAAGACUCAAUGGAUGAUGCCGAGACAAGUGCCUCUCUAGGGAACAACUAAUACCACAAAUCCUUCCGAUCCCCUUGGCAGCCCCAGAACUCCAGCUGUCCCAACUAUGAACGAACCUAGUCAUUCACAUUACCCAAAUAUGAUACUGCUCAUAUGAAACUACAUACCAUAAUGAAAAUGAGAGAAGCUCUUUAUCUAUUCCAUAAAAUGAAUGGAACACUACAUUACCUUAAUUGGAUUUGAAGGCUCAGUUUUGGCAUUAAGUACACAAGCAAGCAUCUACAGUGUAUGAAGCAUCUGAAGCCGCUACACAGGACCUCUAGUCUACAUAUACAAGAAUCCCACAAGUUUUGGUCAAGACUUUUACAGAAUUAAACAUGGUUGUAAGUGACCUUCAGAAAUCGUAUUCUUGCUUUACCAUCUGUCACAGAAGGGGAAGAACGUCCUUAAGGUUCAGGCCAUCCUGCUACAACAAUCAACAUAGGACUGUUAAAAAAAAGCUGACACGUGGACUAAAGGGGCAAAACUGAUAAUUCUCUCAAUUCCCUUAAUGGUCUCUGUGUACAAAGAAAUCCACUCAAAAACACAUUUAUAUUCUCUACUUACUAUUUGAAAAAAACAUAGCUGAUACUGUUCUGAAAAAUAAAACGCCAAGCUGCCUGAA